CGUUCUUGCAACCUUUCGGUCACUAGUUCAAAGCUCUAACCAUUAGGCUGCCCUGCCGCCAMACUGUUGUCCUUCUAUAAGAAGCAGCAAAGAUUUACACCCCCCUGACCAUCACCUGACCCCAGGAUGCCCGGGACAAAGAGAGGGCUUGUGGAACCACAAAAUACGUUCUUGGGAAACCUUGUCCAGUGUAGAAAAGAAACCAGCUUCAUCCUGGGGAAUGCCCGGAUCGUGGAGUGGCCUGUAGUCUACAGUAAUGAUGGAUUCUGCAAGCUCUCAGGGUUCCACAAGACGGAGGUUAUGCAGAAGAGCAGCACUUGCAGUUUUAUGUAUGGAGAACUGACGGACAAGAAGACGACAGACAAAGUCAAAGAGACCUUUGCAUCCUAUGAGUCCAACUGCUUUGAGGUCCUUCUAUACAGGAAGAACAGGGUACCAGUGUGGUUCUACAUGCAGGUGGCCCCCAUCAGAAAUGAGAAAGACAAAGUCGUUCUCUUCCUGUGCACCUUCAAAGACAUCACUGUCGUCAAGCAGCCCAUCGAGUACGAGUCCACUAAGGAUAAGGACGAGUCCACUCCAG